UCAGUGAAACCCUUUAAUUCCCUCAUUUUCUCUCUCUAAUUUCUUCAAUGGACGACAAGGGCGGGAUUCCGCAGGGCCUAACCGCGGAGGAAUUCGCCCAGCUGGAGCACGUGAUCCGCACCUACCACACGUUCGACGCAUUGCCCAACACAUGCACCUCUCUCAUCACGCAGCGGAUCGACGCGCCGGCCGACGCGGUCUGGCCCCUGGUGCGCCGAUUCGACAAUCCCCAGCGCUACAAGCACUUCAUCAAGAGCUGCCGCCUCACCGGCGACGGCGGCGUCGGCAGCAUCCGCGAGGUCACCGUCGUCUCCGGCCUCCCCGCCUCCACCUCCACCGAGCGCCUCGAGAUCCUCGACGACUCCCGCCACAUCAUCAGCUUCCGCGUCGUCGGCGGCGAGCACCGCCUCAACAACUACCGAUCCGUCACCUCCGUCAACGAAUUCACCAUCGCCGCCGGCAAAACCUACACGAUCGUCAUCGAAUCGUACAUCGUCGACAUUCCCGAGGGGAACACCGGCGAGGACACGAAGAUGUUCACCGACACCGUCGUCAAACUCAAUCUCCAGAAGCUCGGAGUGGUGGCGAUCGCAUCGAUGCAUGGCGGCGGCGCCGAUUGAAUUGAUUUUGAGGUAGGGAAUAAUGGCGGAGGCGGCGGCGGUGGUGGUGGUUAGAUAUGUAUUUGUUUUUAAAUAAUUAAGAUAUAAUUAAUUAAUCAUAUGUAAUGUUUGAUUAUUUUGGGGAUAUUUGAUUAAUUAGUGGCUAGAAUUGAAACACGAAACGGUUUUUUUUUGUUCA